CAUUUGUCGUGUCGUGAAAUAUAAUGGCAGAAAUAUAGACAGAAAAAGAGUCGUUGAGUGUUCAACAAUGUGUACAGUAGCACCAUCAUGCGUGUUAAUUGUAAUUAGUUUAGUCUGCAUGAUCUUUGGCGCCAUGUGUAUUGCGCUUACGACCUGGGUACAGAUGGACAACUUGGACAUCUUCUACAUGUUUCGCAUCUCGAACGACCCCGCCGACAUGGACGUGCUGGACACGCCGUCCUACGUGGAGUUCACCGGCUAUCUCAUGGCGGUGUGCGGUAUCGUCAUGGUGACCGUCGCCGUCAUCGGCUUUGCUGGGGCGUCCUGUCUUAAAGAAGGGAAGUCCGUCUACAUCACGUACCUUGUCGGGAUGAUAGUCGCUUUUCUGUUACAACUUUCUGCUGUCCUGCUCGUUUCGAAAUACAACACUCUGUUUGUGGAUCACGGGGAGAAGUUUAUAAAUGCGGCUCUAGCUCACAAAUAUGUGGGACCGUAUAACAGAUCAGUUAAAAUAUCGACAGCCUGGGAUGCAACUCAAGCUUUGUUUGGUUGCUGUGGCAUGAGGGGACAAGUGGUGUUUCAAACACAGACUGCGUGGAACAGGACCUGGGUGGACGUUGACAACAACAACAAGGUUGUCAAGGCAACCAUCCCUGUCACAUGCUGCUCCCUAAAGCCUGACAUACAUGAUGUUAUGCAGAUGACCACACCCGAGGAGUUUGCCCUGCAACUCCGUGAUAACACUUGCCCUGUUAGCAGAAAACAAAGCAAUACGGAGGGUUGUUUCGUCCAGAUGCAAGUGGUAUUCGAGUUGUUUCGCAAACUCUUCCUGGCAUUUAGUGUAUUCAAUUUAACUGUGCAGGCAAGUGGAAUCCUUUCCGGCAUUUGUAUUUUGGUGAAGAUGAACAAGCGGAAGGAUGAUGAACCUUUGUCGAACUGCAAGGAAACGAAUAGCUUUGUAAUCACACAUGACAGGGACAGAAGCUACUUUAAUGAAAUAGUUUAGUGUGUAUGUGCUUACAGCUAGUCAUGCCUCCACUGGCUUACAUCUCUCUCACAUAAACACACACACUGAAACACACACACACACACACACACACACACACACACACAUCGAAACACACACACACACACAGCAGUUACUUCAGUGCAAUCAUUUAAUGUAGCUAACUGGCUUACAUCUCUCUUCUCACUCAAACACACACCUCACGAACACACACAACACAAACACAACACACAUACACAUGUACACACACACACAGCACAAUAUAGCACACGUUUAGUGACAAUGCAGCUGGAGGGCUGUGGACACUCAGAGCUGUUCGACAAUCACCUCGUGGGUGUGGGGUGAGGGUGGCACCAGAAUUAACCACAUGCGGACACUGGGAGCCGUUCGACAAUCACCUCGUGGGUGUGGGGUGAGGGUGGCACCAGAAUUAACCACAUGCGGACACUCGGAGCCGUUCGACAAUCACCUCGUGGGUGUGGGGUGAGGGUGGCACCAGAAUUAACCACAUGCGGACACUGGGAGCCGUUCGACAAUCACCUCGUGGGUGUGGGGUGAGGGUGGCACCAGAAUUAACCACAUGCGGACACUCGGAGCCGUUCGACAAUCACCUCGUGGGUGUGGGGUGAGGGUGGCACCAGAAUUAACCACAUGCGGACACUGGGAGCCGUUCGACAAUCACCUCGUGGGUGUGGGGUGAGGGUGGCACCAGAAUUAACCACAUGCGGACACUCGGAGCCGUUCGACAAUCACCUCGUGGGUGUGGGGUGAGGGUGGCACCAGAAUUAACCACAUGCGGACACUCGGAGCCGUUCGACAAUCACCUCGUGGGUGUGGGGUGAGGGUGGCACCAGAAUUAACCACAUGCGGACACUGGGAGCCGUUCGACAAUCACCUCGUGGGUGUGGGGUGAGGGUGGCACCAGAAUUAACCACAUGCGGACACUGGGAGCCGUUCGACAAUCACCUCGUGGGUGUGGGGUGAGGGUGGCACCAGAAUUAACCACAUGCGGACACUCGGAGCCGUUCGACAAUCACCUCGUGGGUGUGGGGUGAGGGUGGCACCAGAAUUAACCACAUGCGGACACUCGGAGCCGUUCGACAAUCACCUCGUGGGUGUGGGGUGAGGGUGGCACCAGAAUUAACCACAUGCGGACACUGGGAGCCGUUCGACAAUCACCUCGUGGGUGGGGUGAGGGUGGCACCAGAAUUAACCACAUGCGGACACUGGGAGCCGUUCGACAAUCACCUCGUGGGUGUGGGGUGAGGGUGGCACCAGAAUUAACCACAUGCGGACACUGGGAGCCGUUCGACAAUCACCUCGUGGGUGUGGGGUGAGGGUGGCACCAGAAUUAACCACAUGCGGACACUGGGAGCCGUUCGACAAUCACCUCGUGGGUGUGGGGUGAGGGUGGCACCAGAAUUAACCACAUGCGGACACUGGGAGCCGUUCGAAAAUCACCUCGUGGGUGUGGGGUGAGGGUGGCACCAGAAUUAACCACAUGCGGACACUCGGAGCCGUUCGACAAUCACCUCAUGGGUGUGGGGUGAGGGUGGCACCAGAAUUAACCACAUGCGUAGGGAGGAUAUUGUAACCACUCCUUUAUGUCUGGUGGGUCUGCCUCAUAGUUAAUUGAUGGUUUAAACAAAAUAGUAUUCGUGUAGUUAGGCAGACAACAUAAAAACAACAGGAUUGUGCAUUUUGUGAUAGAAUUGUGCCACUUCGCUUGUACAUACUACUUGGGUAAAUGAAGAUUUGUUUUAUAUAGCGCCCCCCUCCCAUGGUUGACCAACUAUAUUACCAUGCAUAUUUAGGAGGUUUUGACUAUAUAUUCAAUAGUAUUUGUCCUAAAUCAUGUUCAAAGUCUGGAGCUCACCAGUUAGACAUGUCUGUUUCACCUCUGCCACUGCAGUGUUCAAGAGUGUGCGGGGCAGGAGGUAUCAGGAGUCAAAACCACCUCCUGCUCCAAGCAAAUCUUCUUUCAAUAUAGUUCCUAGUGUAGCAUAACCCGAAAUCCCCCCCCCCCAAAAAACAACAAAAAAACAACAACAACAAAACAAAACUGAAAACAU